CCCCGCUCCCACCAAGCAGCCAUGGCCCCUCCUCCUCAGCAACCCCAAAUUACCCUGGCGAUGCUCUUGAAGGCUCAGUACAACGACCCAGAGUCGUGGGCCGCCAACAAGGUCGUCCUCACCGCCUUUGCCACCUUUGCCGCCGCCGUCGUCGGCAUCUCCCAGCUCGGCGACCUCCUCGUCCCGGCCUUCUGAGCUCGCCGACACUCGCACCUUCCCUCUCCCCUUGUAGCUAUGCCCACCCCCGACCGACCUAUCGCCCCUCCCGCGUCUCGCUGCAAGCACGAUACCCCGUUCUCUCGAGAGC